AAUCAGAACAAUUUUUAAUCUGCGCCACUUUUGUAUGAGGCGAUUCUCAUCUUUCAGAGGCUCAUUCUGUCAACUGAAUGGACUUUCAGCUGUAAAUGUUUUUCUCAGUUUUCUCUCCCUCAGUCAUCUACCCGUAAACUACAAAGCUAGCUUAGCUUAGCAUUCAAACUGGAGAUAUGAGUGGUGAAACAGUCAAAGUUGCUGUUUGAUGGAGUGGUUGUAGUGUUUCCAGGGUAAUUAAGCCAAUAUAACUGUGUGAAAAUGCCAGGAGUCGAGACACUGAGAGAUUUUGUCAACCAGAGACUGACUGCUGCUGCUGAGGAUAUUUUUGGAGUCUUUGUAAGAACGAUAGCAGAAUACGAGGAACAACUUUGUCGAUGUAAAGAGGAAAACGAGCGAAAACAAAAACUUCUGGACGAUGUUCAGCUUCGCUUUCACAGAGCAGACAACCAGCAGCUGUCAGUGACUCAAGAAGAGGCUCCCUCUGUGCCUCGGAGCUCCAGUUUGGAGCAGGAGGACACUGAGCCUCCACAUAUUAAAGAGGAACAGGAGGAACUACGGAGCAGUCAGGAGGGUCUUGAUCAGGCUUAUACUAUCAAGUUCCCCUUUGCCCCUGCCCCUGUGAAGACUGAAGAUGAAGAAGAGAAACCUCGGUCCUCACAGCUUAAUGAAAUACAAAGUGAAGGGAUGAAAACAGGAACUGAUGGACAGGAGUGUGGAGGACCAGAACAGGCCUGGAACUCAGAAUCAGAGAGACAUUCACAUUCAGAGACCCAGGACAAGACUGAAGACUGCUCUGAAGCUGAAACUGAUGACAGUGAUGGUUGGAGGGUCACAAUGGAACAUGAUUACGGAUUAAACUGUGUGGAAAACUUUGAUGAUGAUAGAUCGGACAAUGACAAGAAAUCACACAGCUGCUCUCAAUGCAGUAAAACAUUCACAAAGAAAUGUCAUCUUGCUACACAUAUGGGAACGCACAAAAAAGAGGAACCCUUCAACUGCCCUGAGUGUGAAAAGAAGUUUAACCAGAAGAUUACUCGGAACAUACACAUGUUGGUGCAUACAGGAGAGAAACCCUACAACUGCUCUGAGUGUAAUAAAAAGUUUAACCAAAAGUUUCACCUGAUUACACACAUGUUGAUGCACACAAAAGUGAAACCCUUCAGCUGCUCUGAGUGUAAUAAAACGUUUAACUACAAUUCAAAGCUGACUUCACACAUGAUGAUCCACACAGGAGAGAAACCCUUCAGCUGCUGUGAGUGUGAUAAAAAGUUUAACCGAAAGUCUCAUCUGAACAGACACAUGCUGGUGCACACAGGAGAGAAACCCUUCAGUUGCUCUGAGUGUGAUCAAAAGUUUAACCACAAUUCAAAGCUGACUUCACACAUGGGGAUCCACACAGGAGAGAAACCCUUCAGCUGUGAGCUCUGUAAUCAGAAAUUCUCAUGGAUUACUCAGGUAAAAAAACACAAGUGUACUGGUCGUCAGACUUCAUAAAAUUAAAGAAAGAAGAGCUAAUGAGGAGGACUAUGCAAGAUGAGAACAAGGCAGUAUCUGAGAUAUAUAAAAAGUUGUGCAACAAGAGACUAAAGAUGACAUCAGAUGAUAGGGAGAUCAGAGAACAACUGUCAAGUUUAAACUCAAAGCCUGCUAUAUUUAAUCCUGCAGCUACUCAGCUGCACACAGCACUUAUUAAGAUGCAUGGAUGUCUCAGCGUAACAUCAGUAUUGGCUGAUAUUAUCCCUGUUUGCCUACACACGCAAAUAAUAUAGCAGGAACAUUUAUCAUUUAUCAGUGUUUUUCUGUUGUGCCUGCUGAAUGGUCUGCUUGCAUGUGACAUAUCUAGCAGAUGAAUAAAAUAAAGCAGUGCAGAAGAAGUACGUUUCUGGACAAUCUCCAAUCUGAUGUCAUGGUCAAACAUGAGAGGAAAUGUUGGCAUUUUACGAGACAGAAAAGAACAUAAAAAUUGGUUAAAUUGUUGUGUUGAACAUAAGCGCUGGCCCAAACUUUCACAAUCAAUGCAUCUCUUGUUCUUUUAUCACACGUAGUAGUCUUGCUUGGAUAAUAAACCCCAACUGUUUUUUUUUUAAGUAGAACUUGACACUUGGAAAUGCUGUGAUAUCUCUGUAUAUCCUUCUCCUGUUUGUUUUGUUUUGUUUUGUUUUGUUUUGUUUUGUUUUGUUUUGUUUUGUUUUGUUUUGUUUUGUUUUGUUUUGUUUUGUUUUUUUGAGCAUCAAUAAUUCUUUUUCUCAAGCAUAAACUGUUUUAUUUUGCCAGGAUGCUUUCUGCAGUGACAGCUCAACCCCUUACUGUAGUUGUCAUACCUCAUGAAAAUGUGAAGAUAAUUCUCAGUUUUAUCUUGAUUUCACAAGAUUUCAGCAUUACAAAGUUGAUGCACAUCAUUGCACAGCAGUGCUGUCUUCUAUGGCUCAGCAAAAGUUCAGUUCUAAAGGGGGCUAAUAAUUGUGAUCCUGAUAGUUUUUGUAUUUUUGUGAAAUCAUUUUGUUUCUGUGUGCAACGUAAUGUUGGAAUCCAAAAUAAACUAUGAGAUUUGAAAGCUGUGUUAUCUGUAUGACAGCACAGAUUUGCUCAAA